CACAGAGCCCGAUGCGGGCCUCGAACUCACACACUGCUAGAUCGUGACCUGAGCCGAAGCCAGACGCUCAACCGACUGAGCCACCCAGGCGCCCCUGUGCCUGUUUUUUCUGGCAUAAUGAGGGCACCUCUUUACUCUCACAAGGGAAGAAAAGUUCUGGUUUGGGUGAAAAAUGACAUGCCCAGCCAUUUGCAAGUCACAGAGAGGUGUUUACAUCUUGUUCCAUGAGAGGAGGGAGCCCAGGGCGGGUGGGGGUGCUGUGUGCACCUGUGACCGGCUUGGGUUUUCACCUGAGUGCCACUGGGGCUGGGGUGGAAGCUGAGAGCCUGUGAGAACAGACAGAGAGCCAGCGAGAAGGCUGCCGUGGGCUCCACAGAGGACCCGGGGCUCCUGGACGAAGCGAGCGUUGCCUCGUGGAGAGAAGUGGUCAGGAUCUAUUUUGAAGGCAGAGUCGCAGGAUUUCCUGACGGGUUGGGUGUGGGGUGUGAGUGGAAGAAGAGGCACAGAUGACUGCAGAGUUUUUCUUGCCAAACAAAGCGACAAGGGUGCAGCUGACAUCAACUGAGAUGGGAAACGGAUGUGGGGAGCAGGGGUGUGGCCGCAGGGGGCGGGUAGCAACAGUCCUGCUUUGGAUAAGACAAGUCCAAGAUGACUUCAGACAUCCAAGGGGCCACGCUAAGGAGACAGGGCUGCUGGAGAACCAGAGGCUGGCGGGGACUACGUGAAGCCCAAAAAGCCCCGGCAGUAAGCUUGAAGAUAGUGGCAUGCGUUUACUGAGCACUUACUUCAUGCCUGGCAACUUAACGUGCAUCAACUCAGCCGAGGCUCAGAAGGGUUGUACGAGGUCAGCACAGUUCUCCAAGGAGAAGUACAUCCUGGACUCCUCACCCGAGAAACUGCACAAGGAGUUGGAGGAGGAACUCAAACUCAGCAGCACAGAUCUCCGCAGCCAUGCCUGGUACCAUGGCCGCAUCCCCCGUGAGGUAUCCGAGACCCUGGUGCAGCGCAAUGGCGACUUCCUCAUCCGGGACUCACUCACCAGCCUGGGUGACUAUGUCCUCACCUGCCGCUGGCGCAACCAGGCCUUGCACUUCAAGAUCAACAAGGUCGUGGUGAAGGCGGGUGAGAGCUACACCCACAUCCAGUACCUGUUUGAGCAGGAGAGCUUCGACCACGUGCCCGCCCUCGUGCGGUACCACGUGGGCAGUCGCAAGGCUGUGUCCGAACAGAGCGGGGCCAUCAUCUACUGCCCCGUCAAUCGCACCUUCCCCCUGCGCUACCUGGAGGCCUGCUAUGGCUUGGGCCAGGGCAGUGGCAAGGCUGCUGGCCCCGCCAGCCCCUCGGGCCCCAAGGGCAGCCACAUGAAGCGGCGCAGCGUCACCAUGACUGACGGGCUCACCGCCGACAAGGUCACCCGUAGCGAUGGCUGCCCCACCAGGUGUCUGCUCCACAGCACAUCACUGCCCCACCCCCGGGAAUCCAUCCGCAACUGUGCCCUCAGCAUGGACCAGAUCCCAGACCUGCACUCGCCCAUGUCUCCCAUCUCUGAGAGUCCCAGCUCCCCCGCCUACAGUACUGUGACCCGUGUCCACGCCGCCCCUGCAGCUCCCUCUGCCACAGCGCUGCCUGCCUCCCCUGUCACCCGCCGCUCCAGUGAACCCCAGCUGUGUCCUGGAAGUGCCCCAAAGCCCCCUGGGGAAUCGGACAAGGGCCCUUAUGCCAGUCCCUCCCACACGCUCUGCAAGGCCUCCCCAUCACCGUCGCUUAGCAGCUACAGUGACCCGGACUCUGGCCAUUACUGCCAGCUCCAGCCUCCUGUCCGUGGCAGCCGAGAGUGGGCAGCGGCUGAGGCCUCCAGCCGGCAGGCCAGGAGCUACGGGGAGAGGCUAAAGGAACUGUCAGAAAAUGGGGCCCCCGAGGGGGACUGGGGCAGGGCCUUCACGGUCCCCAUUGUAGAAGCCACCUCUUCCUUCAACCCAGCCACCUUCCAGUCCCUACUGAUCCCCAAGGAUAACCGGCCACUGGAGGUGGGCCUCCUGCGCAAGGUCAAGGAGCUGCUAGCAGAGGUGGAUGCCCGGACCCUGGCCCGGCACGUCACCAAAGUUGACUGCCUGGUUGCUAGGAUACUGGGCGUUACCAAGGAGAUGCAGACCCUAAUGGGAGUCCGCUGGGGCAUGGAGCUGCUCACCCUCCCCCAUGGCCGGCAGCUACGACUAGACCUGCUGGAAAGGUUCCACACCAUGUCCAUCAUGCUGGCCGUGGACAUCCUGGGCUGCACGGGCUCCGCCGAGGAGCGGGCAGCGCUUCUGCACAAGACCAUCCAGCUGGCGGCGGAACUUCGGGGGACCAUGGGCAACAUGUUCAGCUUCGCUGCGGUCAUGGGCGCCCUGGAUAUGGCUCAGAUUGCCCGGCUGGAGCAGACGUGGGUGACCCUUCGGCAGCGACACACAGAGGGGGCCAUCCUCUACGAGAAGAAGCUCAAGCCGUUUCUCAAGAGCCUCAACGAGGGCAAAGAAGGCCCGCCGCUGAGCAACACCACGUUUCCCCAUGUGCUGCCGCUCAUCACUCUGCUGGAAUGUGACUCGGCCCCCGCUGAGGGCCCUGAGCCCUGGGGCAGCACAGAGCACGGUGUGGAGGUGAUCCUGGCCCACCUGGAGGCUGCCCGAACAGUGGCACACCACGGAGGCCUGUAUCACACCAACGCUGAGGUCAAGCUGCAAGGGUUCCAGGCCCGGCCAGAGCUCCUGGAGGUGUUCAGCACUGAGUUCCAGAUGCGCCUCCUCUGGGGCAGCCAGGGCGCCAGCAGCAACCAGGCCCGGCGCUAUGAGAAGUUCGACAAGGUCCUCACUGCCCUGUCCCACAAACUGGAGCCUGCUGUCCGCUCCAGCGAGCUGUGACCCCCACGGACCCCUCCCCUCUGCAGCUGCGGGCAGCAACAGGGACAGAGGGGGCACAGACCUUUCCCCAGAGCACCCCAGAGACACUGUGAUCAGCCCAAGAAUGUUCUGGGCCCAAACCAGGAUCUCCGUUGCACUUCCAGGGUCCUGCAUGGACCCUGGGCUCCGUCCCACCUGCUACAUGCCCGCCAAGUCUCCCUUCAGGAAGAACUGGAACCCUCUCCCUCCCUCCAGCUUCUGCUUCUCCCCUUCCUGCUGAGGUGCCCUGUGCUCGAGCCAGGAGAGAGCCUUCACACCUCCUCACUCUUCUCGGGGCACCUGCCGGACACCAAGGCCUCCACCUGGUUGUAAAUAUGUCUGUCUGUUCUGUAAAUAGAUGUACAGAAGCCAUGUUCGUUCUUUCAUAUAAUAAACUUUUAUGACUCUUU